UCCCCUAGCUCACUCUUGACCAAUCAGCAUUGAGAGUCUGGACCUGAAGGUGUGUCUAAGAGACACUGGUAGAAUAUCAGGAAGCUACGACAUAAACACAACUCAGACUGAAGUUAGACUGGAGUGAACUAAAGCAAACGGUGGCCAUGGACAAACCAGUGUGCUUGAUUGACACGGCGUCCGAUGGGAAGCUGUGUGUCCAGCGGUCAGCGUUGCAGGUUCUGGAGCAGAUCCAGCAGCCCGUGGUGGUGGUGGCCGUGGUGGGUCUCUACCGAACUGGGAAGUCCUACCUGAUGAAUCGACUGGCAGGGAAGCAAACAGGGUUUGCACUGGGCAGCACAAUCGAGUCCAAGACGAAGGGCAUCUGGAUGUGGUGCGUGCCUCACCCCACUAAACCAGGAACCACUCUGGUGCUGCUGGACACCGAGGGACUCGGAGACGUGGACAAGGGGGACUCGAAGCAUGAUACAAACAUCUUCUGUCUGGCUGUGUUACUCAGCAGCACUCUGGUCUACAACAGUCGAGGGACGAUCGACAACAGGGCUGUAGAGGAGCUGCAAUAUGUUACUGAACUAACAGAGUGCAUCAAGGUCAAAUCACCAGACGAAGAUGUUGAUGAUUCAAAUGAGUUUGUGAAGUUCUUCCCUAGUUUCAUCUGGGCAGUGAGAGACUUCACCCUGGAGCGAAAGAUUGAUGGCAAAGACGCAACAGAAAAUGAUUAUCUAGAGUUUGCUCUGAAGCUGAAACAUGGAACAUCAAAAAAAGUGAUGGAAUACAACCUUCCCAGGGAGUGCAUCCAAAAAUUCUUCCCCUCCAGGACGUGCUUCACAUUCCCGUUUCCAACCGCCCCAGAAAACGUGUCUCGUCUGGAGAGAUUGGAUCCUGCGGACCUUUCCACUGAGUUCCUGGAAGUUACAGGACGUUUCUGCAAGUUUGUCUUUGACAAGAGUGAAGUGAAGAAGCUGAAAGAUGGAUACACCGUCACUGGCAGAGUUCUGGGUCAUCUAGCGAACACAUAUGUAGACACCAUCGCUAGUGGAGCUGUUCCGUGUCUGGAGAACGCUGUGAUUGCCAUGGCACUGAUUGAGAAUCAAGCUGCGGUGAAGGAGGGGCUUGAGGUGUACCAGAGUGGCAUGGAGAAGCUGAAGAAGUCCUUCCCUCUGGAACUGAAGGAGGUCUCAUCAGAACACCAACGUCUCAGCGGCAUGGCAACACAGACCUUCAUGACUCGAUCUUUCAGGGAUACUGACGGGAAGCAACUGAAAUCUCUAGAGGAAAAAGUUAAUGAACUCUUCAAUGGAUACCUUUGCCAAAAUGAGCAAGCUUCAAAGAAAAGAUGUGAGGAUCUCCUGUCAUCCCUCUCAGCAACAAUGAAUGAAAAACUCAAACAGGGCAUCUAUGCUAAAUCUGGUGGCUAUGAGCUCUUCUGCAAGGAUCUGGAGGACAUUGUGAAGAAAUACAACAGCCAGACCAAUAAAGAAGUCAAGGCUGAGGCGGUCCUAGAGGUGUUUCUGAAGCAGAAGUCUGUGGAUUCUAAAGCUAUUCUGCAGGCUGACAAAAAACUGACUGAGAAAGAAAAAAAGAUUAAUGAGGAAAAAGAGAAAGCCCUACUCCUAGAGCAGGAAAUCAAAGCUAAAGAGGAGGAGCAGCUACAGUUAGUAGAGAAAAUGGAAGCAGAAAGACAGAGUAAUGAAGAGAGGAUGAGACAGAUGAAGGAGAAGAUGGAUGAGGAGAUCAGGCUUCAGAGAGAGGAGGCCGAGCGUGCCAUGGACAGCAAACUGAGGGAGCAGACCGCACUGAUGGAGAAGGGCUUUAAGGAGAAGGCGGACAGGAUGAGCCAGGAGAUGGAAGAGUUCAAGAGACAGAGCGCAGAAGCUGAGAGUAAUAGAGCUCGAGAGUUUGCAGAGCUGUUGGAGAAAUCCAAUAAGAGACAUGAGGAGUCUAUGGCUAUGAUGAUGAAGCAGCACAGUGAACAGAUGAGGGCUUUACAGCAGCAGAAGAGUGCGAGCAGUUCGGAUGGAUGUUGCAUCUUGUGAAAUGCAUUAAGAGCCAUGUAAUUGUACGAUGCAAUUAACUUACUGUAAAAUGAUUUUGUACCUAUACAUAUAACAGCAUUGAAAAUAUUAUUUCCAUAUACAGUUAAUUAAACUGAGUUCUAUCAUUAUUCAGACAAGUAAUUUACCCUUCUCAAAGACCUGGCCCCUUUGUUACCAUUUGUGUCUCUUUAAUGUGUUGGGAUGUAUUAAUCUAGUGUCUCAGAUCAAGCAGUACAUGAACUGACCAUAUCUUCAUUUUCACUAGUUAUAACACAAAAUAAACAUGAAUGAACAUCA